AUUAUAAACAAGGUCAGACUGGCUCCAUUUGGGCAGAAGAAUCCGGACAGUGGGUCCGUACACGCUAAUCGCGUACCCCUGCGACCACAACAAAGAAGUCGGCGAUGACCUCAUUUUUUACGUCAACGACGACGACGUCAUUUUGCACGUACAAUUCAAUGAUCAUUUAAUUGCUACGACAAAGGGCAAUCGCUGCAAGCAAGUUCAAUCCAUUUUAGACCUCAUUUGAGCUCAAUCAAGAUGUCGAAAGUUGAGCACGAUACUCCCAAGCGUGCAAAGGUGCGGGGCGUACUACAGUUCCUCGCUGACCACCACCAACUUCGCAGCGAUAGCAACCCAUCGCCGCAUGACGAUAAUGCACGCCCGCUGUACUCCAAAAGAGAUGUUUUCCGAUACUACAGCGUCUCCAAAACCCAGGGCUAUGAAUGGCUAAAGAUGGAGCCUCUCCUGGACCCCGACAGACCUGAUUCUGAAGAGGGUGACAGAAGGCCCCCAUCACCUUCACCCGACCGCCCUCCAAAGCAACGCUGUACCGACUGGGCCUCCCGACGACGUACAAACAAUAUCAACUUUGCUGAGAAUCGUGGCCGUUCAAUGGCGUUCUCGUUCCAGGACGGUGAGCAGCUUCAUCAGUGGCUUCUACAUCUCCCAGAAGGUGACAGGUAUCAGGCGCAUCGCCUGCCCUGGCCCGUCGCUGCAAUGGAAGCAGGCCUCGACGUCGAAGCAGCAGAAUGCACAAUACGACGCAGAAUGGCAAUGGAACCAUUCAAGUACCACACCUGCAACUCCACGGUCAAGGAGGGGCUCAGCGACUCCGUCAAGAGGCAGAGAGUCAAGUACGUCCAUCAGCAACUCAAGAAGCCAUGGAGGGACCCGCGAUGGCGUCAUAAUUGCUUCUCAAUGGACGAGGUUCAUUUCGGCUUCCAGCCUGCGUUAACAACAAAGGUCCACCGCCGCCCGGAUCAGAAGAACGAACAUUGGGUGAUACAGCCGGAGAACCCACGACAGAAAAAGCAGAAGCUCAAGAAUGCUAAGCAGGCGAUCAGAAAUAAGGAGAAAGAUGCUGCAGGAGCAGAUAAGCUAGAGAACGAGAACGAGCAGACAAUCCUCCACGCUGUCUGCGCGGUUGGGUACAACUUCAGGUCGUCAUUACAAUGGUACACGAUACCCUCAAACAAGAAUGGCAAGAUGACCGCAAAGGUCCUCAAACCUCUGCUGGAUCAGCUAUUUACAGAGAUCCAUGAACAUGUUAAACAUACGGACGUUCGCCUAUAUAUGGACAGCGAUAGCUCCCAUCAUGCAAACGAGACUAUGGAGUGGGCGAAGAAGAACCAUCACCAACUUGUCAUUGGGCCUGCCUUAUCACCUGAUCUUAACUGGAUU